AUGAUAGCCAAGCUUGUCAGUGAUCAAAAUAUCAAGCCCGCCUACACGAAAGAGAAAGCAACACGACUAUACGAGAUUUGCUAUAGGAAAUACAGUCGAGGAUAUGUCAGAGCCAGCACAGAAAAGACAUUUUAUGAAGCAGACCAAUGCUUCUGGCGUCAAUUCUGUGAGUGGCCAAGUAUCAUUGAACAGGAUGAAAUCUGACAGAGAAUUUAGGGCCAGCUGAAGAAUUUCCUGGGAAGAAAACGGGGAUUUCACGUAUGAAAAAGGAUGGAAAAGCUGUUGAUAAAGAUGAAACCAUUGCUGUUCAAAUAAAUCAGGGAUCGAACCAAGCAGAAAGUCGAAAACGACAGGAAGAAAUAACAGAAUCACUAUGGUCACAACCUCUUUCCAAACCAGAGGAACCACCAAAGAUCAUUAAAUCCAGAGAGCGAUCGCGCUCAAGGCAUAAUAUUGUAGAUAGAAACCGGCCAAACACUACAAAUGACAAGCGAGCCAUAGAUUGGGAGAUCCUGACAAUACAACGAAGAAUAGAGCAUCAGAGACAACUAAAGCAAAAUCUUUUGAACAAGAGGGCAAGGGCAAAGAAGGCAGCAAGGGAAUUGACCAAAUUGGCAUCAGAAGCCUCUACAAUGAGGGACCACCCGGCAAAAAUCCAGAAAAAUCUAGAGGGAGCUUUAACGAUAUCUUCAACCACAAACUUGCAGCAAGCUUCACCUAAAUCAGAUGUGGCUGCGACGAAUUUACACAAAGAAGGCCCGAAUUCAUGUAGAAAAUCUCGACACUCGUCUGAAUCAGUACAACUUCCAGUCGAGCCUUCCUCAGGCCGCCUUCAAACAUUGGAUGAGAUGAUCCGCGAAGAAAGAGAAAUUGCAAUGCAACUGAGCAUUACGCAUGAAUCCACUUUAGAUACCGAGGAGAACAGAAGUAUACGUCAAAGCAGAGAUGGAUUGGAGGUUGCAAAUGGAGUUAAUGGAGCAUCAGACGAACAACGUCGUUUUUGCUUGAUACUGUAG